CCUUCUCUCCACUUCAGCCGCUCUUCGUCUACGGCCCAUUCCCAUCCCUACUCCUCUUUCAGUCUCUUCUGCGGUGGUUGUUGCAUUUUUUUUUUCUUGAGAUUGAACGGCUGGCUGAUUGAUUGAUCAUGGCGACUUUUGCUAAACCAGAAAAUGCUCUGAAGCGCGCUGAAGAGUUGAUCAAUGUUGGUCAAAAGCAAGAUGCCUUGCAAGCACUUCAUGAUCUUAUCACCUCAAAGAGGUACAGGGCAUGGCAGAAGACCCUUGAGCGGAUAAUGUUCAAGUACGUCGAGCUGUGUGUUGACAUGAGAAGGGGUCGGUUUGCUAAGGAUGGCCUGAUCCAAUAUCGCAUAGUAUGUCAGCAAGUGAAUGUUACUUCGUUGGAGGAGGUAAUCAAGCACUUCAUGCAGCUAUCCACUGAGAAAGCUGAAUUAGCUCGUAGUCAAGCACAGGCCUUAGAAGAAGCUCUCGACGUUGAUGACCUUGAAGCUGAUAAAAGGCCAGAAGAUCUAAUGCUAAGCUAUGUCAGUGGUGAGAAGGGUAAGGAUAGGUCUGACCGUGAGCUUGUGACCCCAUGGUUUAAGUUCUUGUGGGAGACCUAUAGAACAGUUCUUGAAAUACUAAGGAACAACUCAAAGUUGGAGGCUCUUUAUGCGAUGACAGCACACCGUGCUUUCCAGUUCUGUAAGCAAUACAGACGGACAACAGAGUUUCGGAGGCUGUGUGAAAUCAUUAGGAAUCAUCUGGCAAACCUUAACAAAUACAGAGACCAUCAGAGGGAUCGGCCAGACCUAUCAGCUCCAGAAAGCUUGCAAUUGUAUCUUGAUACAAGAUUUGAGCAGUUAAAGAUUGCCACUGAACUUGAACUCUGGCAGGAAGCUUUUCGUUCUGUGGAAGAUAUACAUGGAUUGAUGUGCAUGGUUAAGAAAACCCCAAAGCCGUCCUUGAUGGUUGUUUAUUAUGCUAAGUUAACAGAGAUAUUCUGGGUUUCGUCUAGCCAUCUUUAUCAUGCUUAUGCGUGGUUCAAGCUCUUCUCACUUCAGAAAAGUUUCAAUAAGAACCUAAGCCAAAAGGAUCUGCAAUUAAUUGCAUCAUCCGUUGUCUUAGCUGCCCUCUCAGUUCCUCCCUAUGACCACACACGCGGUGCUUCUCAUUUGGAGCUUGAACAUGAGAAAGAGCGCAAUUUGAGGAUGGCUAAUCUGAUAGGAUUCAAUCUUGAGCCUAAGCUUGAGAGUAGAGAAGUGCUUUCAAGGUCAUCUCUUCUCACUGAACUGGUAUCCAAGGGUGUAAUGACCUGUGUAACUCAGGAAGUAAAAGAUUUAUACCAUCUUUUGGAGCAUGAGUUUCUCCCUAUGGAUCUUGCACUGAAGGUGCAGCCCUUGUUGACCAAAAUCGCAAAACUCGGGGGUAAACUUUCUUCAGCAUCUUCUGUACCAGAAGUGCAACUGUCUAAAUGCAUUCCUGCAUUGGAAAAAUUAGCCACCCUGAGAUUACUUCAGCAGGUGUCUCAGGUUUAUCAGACAAUCACGGUCUCCAGUUUAUCUAAGAUGAUCCCCUUCUUUGAUUUUUCUGCCGUGGAGAAGAUUUCUGUUGAUGCAGUGAAACACAAUUUUGUUGUGAUGAAAGUUGAUCAUAUGAAGGGUGCUGUCAUAUUCGGUAAUUUGGGCCUUGAAUCCGAUGGUCUGCAUGAUCACCUGGCAGUUUUUGCUGAAUCCUUGAACAGAGCAAGGGCAAUGAUAUAUCCUCCACUAAAGAGGGCAUCUAAACUUGGUGAUAUGCUGCCAGAUUUAGCAGAGAUUGUGGAUAAGGAGCACAAGAGACUUCUUGCUCGGAAAUCGAUUAUUGAGAAACGCAAGGAAGAGCAAGAACGCCAACUUUUGGAAAUGGAACGGGAGGAGGAAACGAAAAGAUUAAAGCUACAGAAAAUCACUGAAGAAGCAGAGCAGAAAAGGCUUGCUUCUGAGUACGAGCAGAGGAAGAAUCAAAGGAUCCUAAGAGAGAUAGAGGAGCGGGAGCUUGAAGAGGCAAAAGCUCUACUUGAAGAGGCUGAAAAGCGUACUAAAAGGAAGGGAAAGAAGCCUAUCUUAGAGGGGGAAAAAGUGACCAAGCAAUCUUUGAUGGAGUUGGCACUGAGUGAGCAACUGAGGGAGCGUCAUGAAAUGGAGAAGAAAUUACAGAAACUAGCUAAAACAAUGGAUUACUUGGAAAGAGCAAAAAGAGAAGAGGCAGCUCCCUUGAUUGAAGCUGCGUUUCAACAGAGGCUAGUCGAAGAAAAGGUGCUUCAUGAACGUGAACAACAGCUAGAAGUUGAGCUAAGCAGACAGCGCCAUGAUGGAGACCUAAAGGAGAAGAAUAGGAUGUCCAGGAUGUUGGACCAGAAGACUCAAUUCCGGGAGAGAGUCAUGAACCGUCGGCAAUCGGAAUACAACAGACUGAGAGCAGAGAGAGAGGAGCGGAUGAACCAAAUCCUUUUGCAGCGUAGGCAUGAGAGGGAAUACAAGAGGAAAAUGCUGUUCUAUUUGAGGACUGAAGAGGAAAGACAGAUAAAGUUGCGUGAAGAGGAGGAAGCUCGCAAGCGUGAAGAGGCUGAAAGGCGAAGGAAAGAAGAAGCGGAUCGUAGGGCGAAGUUGGAUGAGAUUGCUGAAAAGCAGAGGAAAAGAGAGCAGGAACUGGAAGAAAGAGAGAGGCAAAGGAAAGAAGCUCUCUUAGGAAGAAUUGAGCCUCCUAGCGGGCCUCGUCCAUUGGAGCCUGGAGUUGCUGCUCCAGCUGCUGCAGCUGCAGCACCUGCUGCUGCAGCAGCAGCACCAUCCUCUGGAGCUGGAAAAUAUGUGCCCAAGUUCCGUCGUGAGCGGGUCGAAAGCUCAGGUCAGGCUCCACCUCCAGAACCUGACCGGUGGGGCAGCGGCCGACAGGAUGAUCGCACGUCCCAAACCAGUGAUAGGUGGCAACGCGAUGACCGUCGACCCUCAUUUGGUGGCGGUAGUGGCUCAAGGUCUUCCUGGUCAUCCUCCAGAGUCCCUCCACGCGGUUGAACGCUAGGUGGCUUGCUUGGAUUCCGGUCAUUUGAGUUAUAAAGUGUAUUUGUCAAAUUGUGUCUGUGGUACCCGAGGAAUCUUUCUUUUCCUAAUUUUUGAGGAUGGCAUUGAAAUUUGGCAGAGUUCUAUAUUGUGGUAAAUCUUAGUAUGGUUAGUUUGCCUUUGUCAUCACUUUUCCAGAUAUAAUGAAUAAUUCAGACAAUGUGUUCGGAAACGCGAGUUAUCGUGGCCAGGCAACUGCCGAGACUAGAGAUUGUUUUUUGUUCGAAUUUGAUUUUUGUAGCUAAAUUGUGUAGAGCUCAGUGCUUUAUUA